AUGAUGCCAGUCGUUCCGCUGCACACUGCGCUGUCUGCGAACGAGCAAGUGGAUGCCCUUGUGUCCAAGCACUGGUCUGUGUUUGGGUCGUGUGUGCAGCAAGGGGGCGGUUUCCAAAACGACGUGUGCGCCGACAGCGGACGCAGCGGCCGUGCAGUGAUUGCAUCAUGCAGCAACAUGGUGUGGUCCCCAACCAACCCUCACGCAACGUUUGAUCUUCGCAAGGCAACACAAGGGCACUAA